UCGAAGUUAUAAAACGGAUCAAAGCCGUGCGGAGUUUCAAGGAGGGUGGUCGCGUUACGCUCGGAACUUUCUCAGACGAUAUCCUUUUGAGUAACAGAAAGAUAUAUAAUACAUGGUUCGGUUCGCGUAACAGCAGACGUAUAAAAAAUGACGGAACGUCGUGUGAUUUGACAGUGAAGAAACAUUUAAUGAGAAAAAGUGCCUCGGUAUCUUGUGAUAUCCGGAUUCUGGCCAACGGACCGACAUUGGUAAUCAGUGAACGGAAGGAAGGCUUGAGGCGCGGAACGCGAAAGGGAGAGGCGACAAGGGUGGAAACCGGCGGCGGAGGGUGAGGCCGAAGUGAUGACGGGUGAGGAAGGAAAGUGCGGGGGUGGUACUGGCGGGGGUGCCGGUGUGGGAAACACGAAUGCGAACACAAACGUUACCGAUAACAUGAACAAUGUUAACGCGAAUGUACACGCGAACGUUAAUGCCAACAUAAAUGUCAGCCAACAAAAUGGAGGGCCGGAAAAAGCGCCUGUCGUCGGCGGUACCAACGUGGAAACGUUACCCCGCGCUGGAAAACAGAGUGACCCCAGCACGGCAUUUCUUCGAGCAGCUCGAGCAGGGCAGCUGGAAAAGGUUUUGGAAUAUUUGGAAUCGGGAGUGGACAUUAAUGCUUCAAAUGCUAAUGGCUUAAAUGCUUUACACUUGGCGGCCAAAGAUGGACAUUUGGAAAUCGUCAGAGAACUUCUUAACCGUGGCGCAGUGGUCGAUGCUGCUACCAAAAAGGGAAACACAGCGUUGCAUAUCGCUUCUCUUGCUGGACAGGAGGAGGUGGUACAAUUGCUGGUACAACGAGGUGCUUCUGUGAAUGCACAGUCACAAAAUGGGUUCACGCCACUCUACAUGGCUGCUCAGGAAAAUCAUGAUUCCGUAGUCAAAUAUCUUUUGAGUAAAGGUGCCAAUCAGACAUUGGCCACUGAGGAUGGCUUCACCCCGUUAGCAGUAGCGAUGCAACAGGGUCAUGACAAGGUGGUGGCAGUUCUAUUGGAAAAUGACACUCGUGGUAAAGUUCGACUACCUGCCCUCCACAUUGCUGCCAAGAAAGACGAUUGCAAGGCUGCUGCCCUACUUCUGCAAAACGAUCAUAAUCCCGAUGUAACAUCGAAAAGUGGUUUCACACCGCUUCACAUAGCUGCACACUAUGGAAACGAUCGAAUUGCUUCCUUGCUGUAUGAUAGAGGGGCUGAUGUUAAUUUCGCGGCAAAGCACAAUAUCACACCAAUGCACGUAGCAGCAAAAUGGGGAAAAAUUAAGAUGGUGAAUCUUUUAAUGAGCAAGGGAGCUAAUAUCGAAGCGAAAACGAGAGACGGUCUUACACCCCUUCAUUGUGCGGCACGAUCAGGUCAUCACGAGGUCGUUGACAUUUUAAUAGAGAAAGGUGCACCGAUCGGUUCCAAAACGAAGAACGGUCUUGCACCGUUGCACAUGGCUUCUCAAGGAGAUCACGUUGACGCAGCGAGGAUAUUAUUGUAUCAUCGUGCACCGGUGGACGAGGUGACGGUUGAUUACCUGACAGCUCUCCACGUGGCAGCUCAUUGCGGGCAUGUGCGAGUUGCUAAGCUUCUACUCGAUAGAAAUGCCGAUCCAAACGCACGAGCUCUAAACGGCUUUACUCCACUUCACAUUGCCUGCAAGAAGAAUCGACUGAAGGUCGUUGAGCUCCUUUUAAAGCACAAAGCUAGCAUUGAAGCUACCACAGAGUCUGGAUUGACGCCUCUACAUGUAGCAAGCUUCAUGGGAUGCAUGAACAUAGUGAUUUAUUUACUGCAACACGCAGCUAGUCCCGAUGUACGAACUGUAAGAGGCGAAACGCCUUUGCAUUUAGCUGCCAGAGCGAAUCAGACUGAUAUUAUCAGGAUACUUCUUAGAAACGGUGCCCAAGUUGAUGCCACAGCAAGGGAGGAGCAAACACCGCUCCACGUAGCUUCCCGAUUGGGUAAUGUUGAUAUUGUAAUGUUGUUACUUCAACACGGUGCCGACGUAGAUGCCACGACGAAAGAUUUGUACACUCCACUUCAUAUCGCCGCUAAAGAAGGUCAAGAAGAGGUUGCAUCCGUUUUAUUAGAAAACAGCGCAUCGCUUACCGCAACGACCAAGAAAGGAUUUACACCUUUGCAUUUGGCAGCUAAAUACGGUAAUAUGAAUGUAGCAAGAUUAUUAUUGCAGAAGAAUGCGCCAGUCGAUGCUCAAGGAAAGAAUGGAGUUACUCCACUCCAUGUAGCAUCUCACUAUGACCAUCAGAAUGUAGCAUUGCUUUUACUUGAUAAGGGUGCAUCACCUCAUGCUAUGGCCAAAAAUGGUCACACACCAUUGCAUAUUGCUGCACGUAAGAAUCAGAUGGACAUUGCAACUACUUUGUUGGAAUAUGGGGCAAAAGCAAAUGCGGAAUCAAAAGCUGGAUUUACGCCGCUUCAUUUGAGUGCACAAGAAGGCCACACCGAUAUGUCAACGCUUCUUAUUGAGCACAAAGCAGAUACAAAUCAUAAAGCAAAGAAUGGUCUCACGCCGCUACAUUUGUGCGCACAAGAAGAUAAAGUUAACGUUGCCUCCAUUCUCGUGAAAAAUGGUGCUCAUAUUGAUGCUAAAACAAAGGCCGGUUAUACUCCAUUACAUGUGGCAGCUCAUUUUGGUCAAGCAGCUAUGGUACGAUUCCUCCUACGAUCUGGCGCAGCUGUCGAUAGUAGUACCAAUGCUGGAUAUACUCCAUUACAUCAAGCUGCACAACAGGGUCAUACAUUAGUGAUCAAUUUGUUGUUGGAGGGUAAAGCAAAACCAAACACUACCACCAAUAACGGUCAGACUGCAUUGGAUAUUGCACAAAAACUCGGUUACAUUAGCGUUAUCGAAACUUUGAAAGUAGUUACAGAAACAGUCAUCACAACCACUCAUACCGUUACUAUAGAAGAGAAAUACAGAGUUCAAGCACCAGAGUCAAUGCAAGAGACGUUUAUGAGCGAUAGCGAAGACGAAGGGGGUGGUGAUGAAAUCGGCAUGGCAGCCAUGAAUGUGUACGGGCAGCCUCCACACGCGCAACACGUGUACCUUCCUUCUUACUACCAGGGCCAAAUGACCUAUACCCGUGAAGAUCCGAUGCUUAGCGACCAACAGCAAUAUCGAUACAUGACUGUUGACGAUAUGAAAUCGAUGGGGGAUGAUUCGAUGCGUGUCAACGUGACAGACGACGAGAGAGACAAUCGACAUUCCGGAGCACCAACCAUAACCGAGAUGAUCACAAAAGAAAAUUAUCAACGUACAAAUGCUGCCAAUCUCAAACCAGAUAAUGUUGAUAUUAAUAGGCACCCUGUACAUGUCGGAUUUUGUUCGGAGAUCAGACCGUCCCUAGAGUCCUUAAACACAUCGCUGGCAGCUCUUGGUACCAUGUCGAAAGGACAAGGAAUGUGGAGGGACAGCUUCCUGGUUUCCUUUCUGGUGGAUGCACGAGGUGGUGCAAUGCGUGGCUGCAGACACAGCGGUGUUCGUGUAAUCGUUCCUCCUAGGAAAGCCGCGAUGCCGAUGCGUGUUACGUGCAGAUAUUUAAGGAGGGAUAAAUUGACAAAUCCACCCCCUUUGAUGGAAGGCGAAGCUCUGGCCAGCCGUAUUCUCGAACUUGGACCUGUGGGUGCUAAAUUCUUGGGCCCUGUCAUCAUAGAAGUACCACACUUUGCUUCACUGCGAGGAAAAGAACGAGAGAUAGUUAUACUUCGAUCGGAUAAUGGAGAAACUUGGCGCGAACACACCCUGGAAGCCAGCGAGGAGGCUGUCCAGGAUGUGCUUAACGAGAGCUUUGAAGGAGAAGAAUUAAGCCAGCUCGAGGAUCUCCAAACUUCUCGGAUCGUAAGGAUACUCACUGCAGACUUCCCACAUUAUUUCGCGGUAGUGUCUCGUAUUAGACAAGAGGUCCAUGCAGUUGGUCCAGAGGGUGGCACAGUCUCUUCAUCUGCUGUUCCACAAGUCCAGGCUGUCUUUCCACCAGCAGCUCUUACUAAAAAGAUCAGAGUUGGUCUGCAGGCACAUCCAAUACCGGCGGAUCUCGUAGCCAAACUGCUUGGUAACCGAGUUGCAGUGUCACCAAUUGUAACAGUUGAACCAAGGCGAAGAAAGUUCCAUAAGCCAAUAACUUUAACCAUACCUGUGCCGCAAGCAGCCAACAAAGGAAUGAUCAAUCAAUAUUCAGGAGAUGCACCAACGUUGAGACUCCUGUGCAGCAUAACUGGGGGUCAGUCUCGGGCAGUCUGGGAGGAUGUCACAGGUUCAACGCCGCUGACGUUCGUUAAGGAUUGCGUCUCCUUCACCACCACUGUGUCGGCUCGCUUUUGGUUGAUGGAUUGCCGGAAUAUCUCCGAGGCCACGAAAAUGGCAACAGAAUUGUACACACACGCGACACAUGUACCCUUCAUGGCUAAGUUCGUAGUAUUUGCAAAACGAAUAGAUCCUCUGGAAGCAAGGCUACGCGUCUUCUGUAUGACCGACGACAAGGAGGAUAAGACUUUAGAAAACCAGGAACACUUCACGGAAGUUGCGAAAAGUCGAGAUGUCGAGGUCCUGGAAGGCAAGACACAGUACAUGGAAUUUUCGGGUAACCUAGUGCCAGUAUUGAAGAGCGGCGAACAAUUACAAUUACCGUUCAGAGCUUUCAAAGAGAAUAGAGUUCCAUUCACGGCGAGGAUAAAGGAUCCCGAUGCGGCCGACACUAUGGGUCGCAUUAUGUUCAUGAGCGAGCCGAAGGUUCCCAAAGGCGAACUACCGCAGACACCUAUAUGCACGUUGCAUAUUUUGUUGCCAGAAAAGAUAUCUCCGGAAGCUGCGGCUUCUGAGGUGGAUUUGCUCGAACUUUCAAAGAAUUACAGCUUCUUACGUGACGGUGGCAUAAGUCGUCCGGAUGCAAUUCAUAGAGCGACUAUACGGUUGACUGAUAUCGCGAAUUUGUUGGACAAAGACUGGGAGAAACUCGCGGAAGAAUUAAAUAUCCCACCGAACGAAGUAUCCACGAUUAAACAAGAAUAUUCUAAUAAACCAGCUCAGCAAGCUGCAGCCAUGCUUAAGAUAUGGCAGAGCAAUGGAAACAAAGCUACAGGGAAUACUUUGGAGAAGGCGUUGAAUAAAAUUGGUCGGGAGGACAUUGUAAAGAAAUGCAUAUUUAACGUGGAACUGGUAACGGAUGAUGUAGAAAAAGCAGUAGCCAGAGUUCGAUUAGAUCAACCAGGAUUUGAUUCAUUGAAAGAAGAAUUAGGUCCUUCAAGGGAUACUUCUCUUCGCCGUGACGCGACGAUGGAUCCGAAAAUGGAUCCUGAUUAUGACGAAUUUAAUAAAACUAAGGAAUCUGGAUCAAUCGAGGACCUCAAUAUUAGUGGCUCUAAGCGAGAUACACCGAAACAGCAUGUCACAAUCACAAACGGCACUGUAUUCAACGGAACCUCGACCCCCAUCAAAGAUAAAUACGCAAGCGACGAGAAAGAGCUAGGGGAUGUAAUGGCCGAUUUUCUCGAGCACAAAUGUCACGUAUCCGAUACGAUGAGCAAAAAGUCACGCGACGAAAUAGACGACGAGGACAAGAAACGACAGAGGGUGAUCGCAGAUGCCAACAGAAUAGUUUCCGGUGUAAUAGCAGACGCUGAGAAAGAGAAGGGGAAGUUAGCGAAGGAGGGGUGGUCGGUGGUUUAUGAUGAUGAUGAUGCGCGGGGCAAUAAAGAGGCAGGAGGUGCUGUGAUUCAGAGUUUUGUUAGGGAACAAUUCAGUGACAAAGAACAGAAAGAUAAGGGCGGAAAGUUGGAUGAAAGGUAUAAUGAUAAAGCACCGGUCGUUGAACCGAUGAUGGUUAAACAACGCUACGUUCGCGAUGGGAAGGGCGAUUCGAACGUUACAGUAAUUAAAACUAAAACUAUAGUCACGAUGAGUGAUGACAAAGGAGGUCAGCCACCUGUGAUCACUCAGACUAUCAUAACGAAAGAGAUAGACGGUACGGUACCUAAAGAAAUAGUGACAGUUUCAAAUGGCAAACAAAUUCUUACAAGUAAGAAAGAAAUGUUGUCUAAAGAAGGUAAGGAGAUCGAUGAAAAGACAACAGAUGCCAAGAAAGAAGGAACCGUCGUUAAAAUUAACAUUCCAGAAGAAGCUAAACCUGUCACUGAUAAACAGGUGUCCGCUUACGAAAGCGUCUACACUAUUCAGUAUCCUUCUGGACAACCCGAUGAGAAACAGGAGGACGAAUCGAAGAAAUCGAAAGACAAGAGUGGUGGUAUUCUCUCUGGAAUUUUCAAAGGGUCCAAAUUGAAGAAGAGUAAAUCUAAAGGAUCGAAGGACACUUCCUUCGACAGCGGUGACGAAGAGGCUAAAAUAGUCUCACCAACAACUACGGAACAACAAGUUCCACAUACAGUUACUACAAUCGAGACGGUGACUGUGACACCUGCAGAGAGUAUUGCAGUACCUGAUGUAAAGGCAGCUACGAUGCAGUUCUUAGACGAAUCGAGGCGUGUUGCAUCCCAGAUGCAACCAUUGCCUGAAGUAGAUUCUAAGAAAAAAGAAGAUGCAAAAAUGGUAACCAAGGAACCAGAUGUAAUUGUGACCAGUGAUAGUAGCGAUCAAGAGAAAGAAAAAAGUGGUGGUUUCUUUGGAAUAUUCAAGAGUCCAAAGUCGAAGGAGAAGAAGCUGAAGAAGACCAAAGAAGCGUCCUUUGACAGUGGCGACGAAGAGCUAAGAAUUGCUACAGAGAAAUUCUUAGAUGACACCAAGAAAAUUGCUGACACUACUGUCACAUCCUCUGUAUCCAAAGAUGGCACACAAGAGUUGAUCACUUUCACCUCUCACGUGCAUUACGACGAAGAUACACCUAAGGAUAGGAUAAACGGGCAUUCCUAUGAUAUCUCGGAGAUUCAGAAAAAGUCUGAAGCGAGUAGAAGCACUCCUCACAGGGAGAUGAAUGGAAAAUCUGACGCGAAGAAAGGGAAAGAGACUCCUCAGAAGGAGAGAAGCUUGGAGAGAUCUACCGUCUCUCCAGAUAAGACAGAAGAUGAGAAGGAACAAGAAGAAGGUAAAGAUAAGAGUGGCGGGUUCUUCAGUAUGUUUAAAAGCCCGAAGCUGAAGAGCAAAAAGCGAAGCGCGUCGAGGGAGAAGAGUUCCUCCAAGGAAACCUCCUUCGACAGCGGAGACGAAGAGACGCGGCAAUUAACUGCUACUUUCUUGGAUGAUACUAAGAAAGUUGCGAGUACUAUGCACCACGAAGAGCCGAAACAAGGCGUCGAAAUUACUGUACAGCAGACAGACGUGAAAAUUCCUGAGGCAGAGUAUGCGGAGAAAGAUAAAGGAAGCGGAAUUCUCAGCAAAUUCAGAAGUCCCAAAUUGUCCAGAGAAUCGCGAAGCAGAUCUCGCGAAAAGCAGACGGUGCAAGAACCAGAGCCGAAGGUAGAUAGUACCUUGCGAGAAACAACUGCGAAAUUCUUGGAGGACGCGAAGAACCUCGCGAGUCUAACAGUAGAAGUACCAAGUAAGGUGGAGGAAUCGGCAAAAGGCGCAAAAGCUGAAGUGAAAGAAGAAACCGAAGCGGCGAAGCAGAAGGUUUCUUUAGGAAUGGAUGCAUUUGUAGAGAGCGUAGAGGAAACGAAGAGUAAAUUAUCAAAAGAGGGCAAGAAAGCGAAGGAAAAGAGCGGUGGUUUCCUCUCUGGUUUGUUCAAAGGUGCGAAACACGCAGCUGACGAAGUCUCCGAAGACAUUAAUGAGACGAUUGACGAGGCUAAGAAAGACGCUGCUCAAGAAAAAACACGCGUUCGUGAAGCAGUAGCAGAGAAACUGGAUGACAUCGAUGGAGUAAAGGAUAAAGCGGCUGAAGGCAUGAAAGAUGCAAAGAAUAAGACAGUGACUGUUAUAAAAGACACUAAAGAGACAGUGACUGUUAUAAAAGACACUAAGGAGACAGUGAGUACGAAAGUGUUCAAAGGUAUGAAGAAGGUAGCAGAUACUGGCAAGGCUGUUGGGGAUAAAGUAGCUGAUGAAGCGAAGCAAGCUAAAGAAGCUACAGAUGCUGCAGCUGGGAAAGUUGCAGAUGAAGCAAAAGCAGCGAAGGAAAAAGCAGCUGCUGAUAUGAAAGAUGCUAAAGACAAAGUCACAGUAGCUGUGAAAGAUACCAAGGAUCAGGUGAAAGACAAAGUAUCUGAGGGUGCGCAGAAGGUAGCCCAGUCCAGCAAAGAUGCUGCAGAUAAAGUGGCCGACGGAGUAAAAACUGCAGAAGCCAAAGUGGAAGCAGCAGCCAAAGGAGUAGCUGACGGUGCUAAAACAGCAAAGGACAAGGUAGUUAUUGAAGUUAAAGAGGACACUGAAGCUGUGAAACAGAAGGUGUCCUCCGGAGUAGACGCUGUUGUGGAUGGUGCAGCUGCAGCAAAGGAUAAGACUGCGAAGGAAGCUAAGAAAGCGAAAGAAAAAGCAGGCGGCUUCCUAUCAGGAUUAUUCAAGGGUGCGAAACACGCUGCAGACGAGGUUUCGGAGGAUAUGAAGGAGUUCGUGGACGAGGCAAAGAAGGAAGCUGCUGAAGAGGAAGCUCGUGCUCGAGAAGUAGCAGCACAGAAAUUAAAAGAGGUUGAUAUAGCGAAAGACAAAGCAGCUGUUGAGGUUAAGGAUGUAGUGGGCAAAGCUGCAGGAGCUGUGAAGGAAACCAAGGACAAAAUUAGCGACAAGGUUUCUGAUGGUGUCCAGAAAGUGUCUGAUGCAAGUAAAGAUACAGCUAAGAAAGUAAUAGUUGAAGUGAAACAGAUUGGUGAGAGAGUGGAUGAAACAGCAAAGGAUGUAGCUGAGGGUGCGAAAACAGCGAAAGAUAAAACAGUUGAAGAUGCGAAAAGUAUUAAAGAGAAGGUUAGCGAAAAAGUGACAGACGCAACGCAGAAGGUAUCAGACACUGGCAAAGCAGUCGGUGAUAAAAUGGUGGAAGGAGUUAAAAAGGCAGAAGAAAAGGUAGAAGCAACAGCCCAUGGAGUAGCUGACGGUGCUAAGGCAGCGAAAGAUAAGGCAACCAAAGAAGUUAAGGAAGAUGUUGAAAUUGUGAAGCAGAAAGUUUCUUUAGGAGUAGAUUCUGUGGUAGACGGUGCAGCAGCAGUGAAAGAUAAGGCUGCAAAGGAAGCUAAGAAAGCUAAGGAAAAGAGUGGCGGUUUCCUUUCGGGCUGGUUCAAAGGUGCGAAACAGUCAGCAGACGAUGCGACAGAAGAAGUUGAGGACUUCCUGGAGGAAACCAGAAAGGAGGCAGCUGAAGAAGAAGCACGAGCACGUGCGGCAGCUGCAGAAAAACUGAAGGAUGCUGAAGCAGCUAAAGACAAAGUAGUUACUGAUGUGAAGGAUGCAAAGGAUAAGGUCGCCUUCACUGUUAAGGAUGCCAAGGAUAAAGUCAGUGGAAAGGUUGCUGCCACAGCAGAAAAGGUUUCAGAUACUGGAAAGGCUGCAGCUGAAAAAGUAGCAGAUGGUGUGAAACAAGUGGAAGAUAAAACAGCUAAGGCUGCCCAUGAAGUAGCAGACGCUGCUAAAGCUGCCAAGGACAAAGCAGCUGAGGAUACGAAAAAAGCCAGCGAUAAAGUUAUCACUGCUGCAAAAGACACAAAGGACAAAGUCAGCGAGAAAGUCACAGAGGGCGCACUAAAGGUAUCAGCUGCUGGUGCAGCAGUUGGAGGCGCAAUUAUAGGUGGAAUUAAAAAAGCCGAAAGUAAAACAGAAGCAGCAGCUCAUGACAUAGCUGAAGGUACAAAAGCAGCAAAAGAUAAGGUAGCUAAAGAGAUCAAAGAAGAUGCUGAUGUUGUGAAGCAAAAGGCUUCGUCAGGAGUGGAUGCAGUAGCAGAUGGAGUAGCUGCAGCGAAAGACAAAGCGGCGAAAGAAGCUAAAAAGGCUAAGGAGAAGACUGGUGGCUUCCUUUCCGGAUUGUUCAAGGGUGCAAAGCACGCAGCUGACGAAACUUCAGAAGAAGUUAGGGAAUUCGUCGAUGACACGAAGAAACAAGCGGCAGAAGACGAAGCCAAAGCACGUGCCGCUGUUGACGAGAAGUUGAAGAGCGCUGAGGCAGCUAAAGACAAAGCUGUUGCUGAUAUAAAAGAUGCGAAAGAUAAGAUUGCAUCUACCGCGAAAGAUGUUAAGGACAAGACCACUGGAAAGGUUUCUGCGGCUGCACAGAAGGUAUCAGAUACUGGAAAAACUGCAGCUGAUAAAGUAGCAGACGGAGUAACACAGGUUGGUGAAAAAAUAGACGAAACAGUUACAGGAAUAGCAGAUGGAGCAAAAGCUGCUAAGGACAAGGCAGCUAAAGAUGCUAAAGAAGCCAAGGACAAAAUUGCUACAACCGCGAAAGACACCACAGAGAAAGUCAGCGAAAAAGUGGCAGAUGGUGCACAAAAAGUGACAGAUGCUGGAAAGGCAGUUGGAGUUAAAAUAGUAGACGGAGUUACAAAGACCGAAGAGAAGAUAGAAACAACAGCUCAUGGAAUAGCUGAUGGCGCUAAAGCAGCUAAAGACAAAGCGGCAAAAGAACUAAAACAAGACACUGACGCUGUAAAACAAAAAGUUACAUCUGGCGUAGACACUGUAGUAGAUGGAGCAGCCGCAGCGAAAGACAAAGCAGCAAAAGAGGCUAAGAAAGCCAAAGAAAAGACCGGUGGUUUCCUUUCGGGUCUCUUCAAAGGUGCCAAGCACGCAGCUGACGACGUAUCAGACGAAGUUAAAGAAUUCCUAGAUGAAACUAAGAAAGAGGCUGCUGAAGAAGAAGCUAGAGCACGUGCGGCAGCUGCAGAGAAGUUGAAGGAUGCUGAAGCAGCUAAAAACAAAGCAGUCGCUGAUGUGAAAGAUGCGAAAGAUAAAAUUUCCUCCACUGUUAAGGAUGCCAAGGAUAAAGCAGUAGAGAAGGUUGCUACUGCUGCCGAGAAGGUUUCAGACACUAGGAAGGCUGCAGCCGACAAAGUAGCAGAUGGUGUGCAACAAUUAGAAGAUAAAACAGCUAAGGCAGCUCAUGAAGUAGCAGAUGCUGCAAAAGUUACGAAAGGCAAAGUAGCCGAAGAUGCACAGAUGGCCAGUGAAAAAGUUGCUACUGCUGCGAAGGAUGUAAAAGACAAAAUGGCUGCGGAUGUAAAGAUGGCAACUGAUAAAGUUGCUACUGCUGCGAAAGAUACGAAGGACAAAGUUGGUGAGAAAGUGGCAGAAGGAGCACAGAAGGUUUCAGAUACUGGUACAGCAGUUAGUUAUAAAGUAGUUGACGAAGUCCACAAAGUUGAGGAUAAAGCUGCGGCAACUGCUCAUGGAAUUGCAGAAGGUGCUAAAAUGACUAAGGACAAGGUUGCAAAAGAACUUAAGGAAGAUGCUGAUGUUGUAAAGCAGAAAGUUUCAUCUGGCGUGGAUGCAAUAGCAGGUGGGACAGCAGCAACAAAAGAUAAAGUUGCGAAAGAAGCUAAAAAGGCAAAAGAAAAGGCCGGUGGCUUCCUUUCAGGACUAUUCAAGGGUGCUAAGCAUACAGCAGAUGAUGCUUCAGACGAAGUUAGAGACUUUCUGGAUGAAGCUAGAAAGGAGUCAAAUGAAGAGAAAAGUAGACUGCGCACAGCUGCUGCAGAGAAACUGGAAGGCGUGGAAACAGCAACAGACAAAGCACUUGUUGAUGUAAAGGAUGCGAAAGAUAAAGUAGUAUCUACAGUAAAGGAUGCCAAGGAUAAAACCGCUGAGAAGGUUUCUGCGGCUGCGCAGAAGGUAUCAGAUACCGGAAAAGCUGCAGCUGAAAUAGUAGCAGGCGGUGUAAAACAUGCUGAGAGUAAAGUAGAAAAAGCAGCUCAUGAAGUUGCCGAUGCUACUAAAACUGCUAAAGGUAAAGCCGUCAAGGAUGUAAAGGAGGUCGGUGACAAAGUUGCUACUGCUGCGAAGGAUACAAAGGACGAAGUCGAGGAAAAAGUGGCAGAAGGAGCGCAAAAGGUAUCAGAUACUGGUAAAGCAGUUGGGGAUAAGAUACUUGAUGGAGCAAAGAAAGUCGAGGAUAAGGCUGCAUCCGCUGCUCAUGAAGUAGCAGACGGAACAAAAAUGGCGAAGGAUAAGAUAGCAAAGGAGAUCAAAGAAGAUGCCAACGCUGUAAAACAAAAGGUUUCAUCUGGCGUGGAUGCAGUAGCAGAUGGAGCAGCAGCAACGAAAGAUAAAGCUGCGAAAGAAGCUAAAAAAGCCAAAGAGAAGGCCGGUGGCUUUCUUUCAGGACUAUUCAAAGGCGCUAAACACGCAGCUGACGAUGUUUCAGGAGAAGUAAAAGAAUUUCUAGAUGAUACAAAGAAGGAGGCAGCUGAGGAAGAAGCUCGUGCUCGUGCAGCAGCUGCGGAGAAGUUGAAAGAUGCUGAAGCAGCUAAAGACAAAGCAGUUGCUGAUGCGAAGGAUGCGAAGGAUAAGAUUUUCUCCACUGUUAAGGAUGCUAAGGAGAAAGUCAGUGAAAAGGUUGCUACCACUACCGAGAAGCUUUCGGACACUGGAAAGGCUGCAGCUGAAAAAGUAGCAGACACUGCAAAACAAAUUGGUGAUAAAGCGGAUAAAACAGCUCAGGAAAUAGCAGACGCUGCUAAAGCUACUAAAGACAAAGCUGCUGAAGAUGCAAAAGAAAUUAAAGAUAAAGUGACAACUAGCGUCACGGACGCUAAAGAUAAGGUGAGCGAAAAAGUGGUCGAAGGCGCCCAAAAAGUAUCAGACACUGGCAAAGCAGUUGGUGACAAAAUGUUGGAUGGAGUAAAGAAAGCUGAAGACAAGGUAGAUUCAGCAGCUCACGCAGUAGUUGACAGCACUAAGGCAGCAAAGGACAAAGCAGUCAAGGAGAUCAAAGACGACGCAGAUGCUGUAAAGCAGAAAGUUUCUUCAGGUGUAGAUUCAGCUGUAGAAGGUGCGGCAACAGUGAAAGAUAAAGCAGCUAAGGAAGCUAAGAAAACGAAAGAAAAAGCAGGUGGUUUCCUUUCUGGUUUAUUCAAAGGAGUGAAACAUGCUGCUGAUGACGUGUCUGAAGAAGUCAAGGAAUUCGUUGAUGACACAAAGAAGGAAGCAGCUGAGGAAGAAGCUCGAGCCCGUGCUGCAGCUGCAGAGAAGUUGAAGGACGUUGAUGCAGCCAAAGACAAAGCUGUUGCUGAUGUAAAAGAUGCGAAGGAUAAAGUUACAUCUACAAUGAAGGAUGUUAAAGACAAAGCUAGUGAAAAGGUCUCUACUGCUGCACAGAAGGUGUCAGAUACUGGAAGAGCUGCAGCUGAAAAGGUUGCAGAUGGAGUGAAACAACUUGAAGACAAAACAGCUAAGGCAGCUCAUGAAGUAGAAGACGCUGCUAAAGCUGCAAAAGACAAAGCUGCGGUAGAUGCCAGCAAAGUUAAGGACAAGGUCGCCACUGCUGUAAAAGACACAAAGGACAAGGUCAGUGAGAAAGUCUCGGCAAGUGCACAAAAAGUAUCAGAUACUGGUGAGACGAUUGGAGGUACGCUAGUAGACGGAAUCAAAAGAGCUGAAGAAAAGGUAGAGACAACAGCUCACGGAAUUGCUGAAGGUGCUAAAGCUGCAAAGGAUAAGGCUGCAGAGGAAAUCAAGCAAGACGCUGAUGCUUUCAAACAGAAAGUUUCGUCUGGCGUCGAUGCAGUAGUAGACGGAGCAACGACAACCAAGGAUAAAGCAUCAAAAGAAGCCAAGAAUGCCAAAGAGAAAACUGGAGGUUUCCUUUCUGGCUUAUUCAAGGGUGCGAAGCAUGCUGCGGACGAUGUGACAGGUGAUGUCAGAGAAUUUCUUGAUGAAACUAGGAAAGAGGCGGCUGACGAACAAUCGAGAUUGCGUGCAGCAGCUGCAGAGAAAUUGAAGGAUGCUGAAACAGCUAAAGACAAAGCAGUUGCUGAUGUAAAAGAUGUCGAGGAUAAAGCCGCGUCUGCAGUGAAAGAUGCCAAAGACAAAGCCAGUGAAAAGGUGUCCGCCACUGCUCAAAAGGUAGCAGAUACAGCAGGUGCUGCUAAGGAUAAGGUAGUGGAAGAUGUAAAGGAUGUUAAGGACAAGAUCGCUACUUCUGCAAAAGACGCAAAAGACAAAGUAGCUGACAAGGUGAUUGAAGGUGCAGAAAAGGUGUCAGAUACUGGUAAAGCAGUUGGCGGUGCUGUCCAAGAUGGCAUCAAAAAGAGCAAGGAUCAAACUGAAACCAUGCUUCAGGAUGCAGCUACUGGCAUCAAGACUACAAAGGAGAAAGCAGCGAAAGAAAUUAAGGAAGAUGUCGAAGCUGUAAAAGGUACGGUGUCGUCUGGGGUAGAUUCAAUGGCGGAAAGUGCAACCUCUGCCAAAGAUAAAGCAGCAGCAGAGGCUAAAAAAGCAAAAGAAAAGGGAGGUGGUUUCCUGUCAGGAUUAUUCAAAAGUGCAAAGCAUGCAGCAGAUGAAAUCACAGAGGAUGUAAAAGACUUCGUAGAUGAAACGAAGAAAGAAGCAACCGAAGAAGAAGCGCGAGCUCGUACAGCUGUGACAGAAAAGGUGAAGGAUCUUGAUAGUGCGAAAGAUAAAGCAGCAGCUGAUAUGAAGGACGUGAAAGACAAAGUUGUUACCACUGUUAAGGAUACCAAGGAUAAGGCGAGCGAAAAAGUAUCUGAGGGUGUUCAUAAAGUAUCAGAUAGUACAAAAGGUGCAGUUGAGAAGGUCUCUGAUGGCGUUAGGCAAAUUGAAGAAAAAGUUGACGAAAAAGCGCAAAAGGUAGCUGAUGGUGCAGAGACCUUGAAAGAUAAAGCUGUAGAAGACGCCAGUAAAGUGAAGGAUAAGGUCACAACUGCAACAAAAGACACAAAGGACAAAGUUAGUGAAAAAGUGACAGUGGGCGCACAAAAGAUAUCAGCCGCUGGUGCAGCAGUUGGAGGCGCAAUAUUGGGUGGAAUUAAAAAAGUCGAAAGUAAAACAGAAGCAGCAGCUCAUGACAUAGCUGAAGGCACAAAGGCAACAAAAGAUAAGGUAGCUAAGGAGAUUAAAGAGGAUGCUGACGUUGUAAAGCAGAAGGUAUCAUCAGGAGCGGACGCAGUAGUGGAUAAAGCAGCUGCAGCAAAGGAAAAGGCAGCGAAAGAAGCUAAGAAAGCCAAAGACAAGGCCGGUGGUUUUCUUUCUGGAUUGUUUAAAGGUGCAAAGCACGCGACCGACGAUGUUUCAGGCGACGUUAAGGAAUUCCUUGAUGAAACUAGAAAAGAAGCAGCUGAAGAGGAAGCUCGUGCUCGUGCUGCAGCUGCUGAGAAACUGAAGGAUGCCGAAGCAGCUAAAGACAAAGCAGUUGAUGAUGUGAAAGAUGCGAAGGACAAAGUUGCAUCAACUGUAAAGGAUGCCAAGGAUAAAGCCAGUGAAAAGGUUUCUACUGCUGCACAGAAGGUGUCAGAUACUGGAAAAGCUGCCGCUGAAAAGAUAACAGAUGGUGUGAAACAAGUUGAGGACAAAACAGCUAAGGCAGCUCACGAAGUAGCUGAUGCUGCUAAAGCUGCUAAGGACAAAGUAGCUGAGGAUGCAAAGGUAGCUGGUGAUACACUUGCCACUGCUGCAAAGGAUGCAAAGGACAAAGUAGCUGAGGAUGCAAAAACAGCUGCUAAUAAACUUGCCACUGCUGCAAAGGAUGCGAAAGACAAGGUAGCUGAAGAUGUGAAGGGUGUCAGUGAUAAAUUUGCUACUGCUGCAAAGGAUACAACGGACAAGGUAGCUGAGGAUGCAAAGACAGCCAGUGAUAAAGUCGCUACUGCUGCGCAAGCAGCAAAGGAUAAGGUAGCUGAGGACGCAAAGAUAGCUAGUGAUAAACUUGCCACUGCUGCAAAGGAUGCAAAGGACAGAGUAGCUGAGGAUGCAAAGGCAGCUAGCGACACAGUUUCCAUCGCUGCGAAAGAUGCCAAGGACAAAGUUAGCGAGAAAGUAACAAAAGGAGCACAGAAAGUAUCAGAUGCUGGUAAGACAGUUGGUGAGAAAAUAGUCGAAGAAGUCCACAAAGUUGAAGAUAAAGCUGCAGCAACUGCUCAUGGUAUAGCGGAUGGUGUUAGAGCGACGAAGGACAAGGUUGCAAAGGAACUUAAGGAAGAUGCUGACGUUGUAAAGCAGAAAGUUUCAUCUGGUGUGGAUGCAGUAGCAGAUGGAGCAGCAUCAGCAAAGGACAAAACAGCCAAGGAAGCUAAGAAAGCUAAAGAUAAGGCUGGAGGUUUCUUCUCUGGAUUGUUCAAGGGUGCAAAGCACGCAGCUGACGAUGUUUCAGACGAAGUUAAGGAAUUCCUUGAUGAAACCAGAAAAGAAGCAGCUGAAGAGGAAGCUCGUGCUCGUGCUGCAGCUGCAGAGAAACUGAAGGACGCUGAAGCAGCGAAAGACAAAGCAGUUGCUGAUGUAAAAGAUACGAAGGACAAAGUUGCAUCAUCUGUAAAGGAUGCCAAGGAUAAAGCCAGUGAAAAGGUAUCUACUGCUGCCCAGAAGGUUUCAGAUACAGGAAAAGCUGCAGCUGACAAAGUUGCUACUGCUGCCCACAACGUCUCAGAUACUGGAAAAGCUGCAGUUGACAAAGUAGCUGAUGGUGUGCAACAAGUUGAAGACAAAACAGCCAAGGCAGCUCAUGAAGUAGCAGAUGCUGCGAAAGUUACAAAAGACAAAGUAGCUGAUGAUGCUAAAAUGGCCGCCGAUAAAGUUGCUGCUGCUGCAAAGGACACAAAGGACAAGGUCAGCGAGAAAGUAGCAGGAGGAGCACAGAAGGUAUCAGACGCUGGUAAGGCAACUGGGGAAAAAAUACAUGAUGGUGUACAGAAAGUCGAAGAUAAAGCGAAAACAGCCGCUCACGACAUAACAGACAGCGCUAAAAUGACCAAAGACAAGGUAGCAAAGGAGAUUAAGGAAGAUACUGAUGCUGUAAAACAGAAAGUUUCAUCUGGUGUAGAUAUCGUGGUAGAUAGUGCAGCUGCAGCAAAGGAUAAGGCUGCGAAGGAAGCUAAGAAGGCCAAAGAAAAAACUGGUGGCUUCCUUUCAGGACUGUUCAAGGGUGCUAAACAUGCAGCUGAUGAAGUAUCAGGAGAAUUCAGUGAAUUCCUAGACGAGACGAAGAAAGAAGCAGCUGAGGAAGAAGCCCGUGCUCGCGAAGCCGUGUCGGAAAAGAUGAAAGACCUCGACGCAGCUAAAGAUAAAGCUGCAGCUGACAUGAAGGAUACGAAAGAUAAAGUUGCUAUUACUGCUAAGGAUACCAAGGACAAAAUCAGCGAAAAAUUAUCCGAUGGCACUUAUAAAAUCGUAGAUACUGGAAGGGCCGCAGUUGAGAAAGUCGCAGACACUGCAAAGAAAGUUGGAGAUAAGGCAGAUAAGACAGCUCAGGAAGUAGCAGAUGCUGCUAAAUCAGCAAAGGACAAGGCAGCUGAGGAUGCUAAGGAAGUUAAAGACAAAGUUGCAUCUACUGUAAAGGACACUAAGGACAAAGUCAGUGAGAAGGUUCAUGAAAGUGCACAGAAAGUAUCAGACACUGGCAAAGCAGUCGGUGACAAGAUGUUUGAUGGAGCUGAAAAGGCGGAACUCCAGGUUGAAAUGACAGCUCACAAAAUAGUAACCGGCACUAAAACAGCAAAAGAUAAGGUAGCUAAAGAAAUCAAAGACGAUGCUGAGACUGCAAAACAGAAAGUAGCCGCAGGAGUGGAUUCAGUCGCAGAAGGGGCAGCAACCAUGAAAGACAAAGCAGCGAAAGAGGCUAAGAAAGCUAAAGAGAAAGGCGGUGGCUUUCUGUCAGGCCUAUUCAAGGGCGCGAAGCAUGCAGCAGAUGAAGUUUCCGAAGACAUGAAGGAGUUUGUCGAUGAAACGAAGAAGGAAGCUGCUGAAGAAGAAGCUCGUGCCCGCGAAGCAAUGACUGGACACCUUAUGGAUCUUGACACUGCUAAGGAUAAAACUGUUAGCGAUAUCAAAUCCACCAAAGACAAAGUUGUAACUGGAGUAAAGGAUACCACAGAGAAAGUCACUGAAAAGGUAUCAGACACCUUGCAGAAGACAUCAGAUGCUGGCAAAUCCUUUGGCGAAAGAAUUGCUCGUGAAACAAAACGCGUUGAAAUAAAAACAGAAACUACUGUUCGAGACAUAGCUGGUGGAGUUAAGGACACAAAAGAUAAGGUUGUUGCUGAUACCAAGGCUGCUGCGAAGGAUACCAAGGAGAAGGUCACAGAGAAGGUAGUCAAAGGAUCGCAGAUGAUUACAGACGCCGGUAGAGCUAUCAGUGACAAAGUCAUCGAUGGUGCAAAAGGUGUAGAAUCAACUGCUACAGAAAUAAAAAAGGAUAUUUCAUCCGAAGUGGACAUAGUCGCAGAGGGCGCUAAGACGACAAAAGACAAGGCUGCAAAGGAAGCGAAGAAAGCGAAGGAAAAGGGCGGUGGUUUUCUCUCCGGCCUAAUCAAAACCGUGAAACAUGCAGCAGACGAAGUUUCAGGAGAUGUUAACGAAUUCCUCGACGAAACCAAGAAAGAAGCUGCCGAAGAGGAAGCCCGAGCUCGCGAGAAAGCAGCGGAAAAGAUGAAGGACGUUGAAAAGGCUGCCGAGAAGGUUUCUACAGACGCGAAAACAACUAAGGACAAGGUUGCAGUUGGUGUGAAAGACGCAAAGGACACUGUCAGCAAAAAGGUGUCAGACGUUAAGCAAUCUGUCGGUGGUACCGUUCAAGGAGUAUCUGAUAGUGUGAAAGCUACGAAACAGAAAGCUGUUUCAGUUGCCAAAGAUGGCAGCGAAAAAGUAGCCACAGGUGUAUCAGACGCUGCGAGAUCUGUUGCUGUAGAAAGUAGCAAUAUCAAGAGUAGUAUGAUGGAUUUCCUGGAAGAAAUGAAAAGGGAUGUUGCAUCGGACAAGUCAGGUUUCCAAGGGAAACCUGACGAUGUUCACAUAUACGAGAACGUAAAUGUAUUCAGCAAAGGAUCGAUACCCGAAUCGACCAGUUCAAGAAUCGAAAAAGGAUCGAGAUCAAAGAUCGAUACUUCUCCAACUUUCGUUACAAACGACCCACUUUCUGACCUCAGUUUCGAGAUACAGAGUAGAUUGACCGAGACGAGUAGAAAGGAGGUCGACCAUCCUGAAUCGAAAUCGACGAAGAUAUCUCGCAUUCCACAGAAAGUUAGUUCCUCGAAAGACGCAAGGAUUAGCCCGAGUAGCUCAACGGAUAGUACAGUUAGGGUAGUUAACGUAAUUAGCGAAGUAGAGCACCUCGAGCCUCACACACGACAGACCGUCACCACAGUCGUAAGAAAGUCUGUGCGGACGGCAGCGACCCCACCACCCAGUCCCGCCGAGUUCAUUGACAGUAGAAUCGAAGAUGUCACUGAAGAGGCCGCAAGACGAGCACAGACUUUAGCCGAUCAAGCGUAUUCGAUGUCGAAAUCAGGGCAUGAUUCGGCUGAGAUUGAUGGGACUGUAGAGAGGCAUGCUACUUCUGCUCCAACAAAGCAAUCUGUUCCCGCCCCGCGACACUCCACCAGGUCGUCCAUCAAAACAGACUUUCAUCUAGACCUCGGCGACACCUCGUGCACGCCGUACAGUCCGAAGCAUAAGAAGGAGGAACAAUCGCCGGAAAAGAGCAGCCCUAAAAGUAAGAUACCGGUGAAAAUAAAGAAAUCCAUGGAUAACGAAAAGACGGCUAGUAAAACGAUCACCGGAACCGAUGUACAUAAGACGACAAAGCUAGACAACGAGGAUGAUGAAAGGAAUGAUGUUAUAAAACAGCCUUCGCCAGAGAAACAGGUCCAGAAACCGGAAGAUUCUGUAAAGACUGAGCUGUCCAGCGAAACGUUCACCACAAUGACGACUAGGACAACCGCGUCUGCUCUAGAUUCCGAAACCCUUCAGAAAAUAUCUGGAACCAUAGAAAAGAUCGAAACCGUGACCGUAACUUCAAAUGAAGAUCCAGUAAUGGAUUUAACGAGACCCGAUGAAUUGAUAACGAGAGAAAGUAAGAUAUUAAUGAAAACUUUAGCGGAUAAUGUCGUGUCGACGGAAACCAUAGUGAAAACGGUCACGACUACUUUGUGCACCACCAUGGAGACUGGCGGUACCGAUCAGAUGGAACGGAUCGUGCGGACUGUGACUACCAGCGGUGACUUCGGGGAUAUUCCUAUACCUACUCUGAAUCAACUGCAUGAACGCGACAUGUUGCCUCUGGGUAUCGAACAUAUGUCGACAAAGAUAACGAAAAGUAUCAGCAGCGAGGCGUCCGAGCCAUGGGCGCACUCGUAUCUGAACGAUGAGAAGGUUGAGCAAUGGGAGAGCCAGCUCUCCCAAGACACGUCGCCCGGUUCCGGUAACGGUGACAUUUACGCAAAGAACGGUAGCUCACGGAACGAUUUAAACAGCGACACUGACAGUGACGGUUCGCCACGACCGAGAAGAAGAUCUCCGAGCAAGAGGCGUACGUUGGGCAGUUCCAGCGGGUCUGAUGUAGCGCUGCACGAAGGUGCGGAGCUGUCCCCGUUGGAGGACGACCAAGGUACCUCACUCACAGCUAACCUUCUAAAAUCUGACUUUUUGCAACAUAGCGAGCCAUCCUACAUGGAAACGACAACGACGGAAAUGGACCCUGAAACUCAGGAAAGAAUAACAAGAACCGUACAUGUAAUUACAACGACCAGCGAUACGGGCAGCGGUACAGACGAAUUGCGAGAUUCCAUGCAGAAAAUCGUCGAUCGAUUCAUGAUGGAGGAAAGGCGAGAUCAGUGAAGCAUCCUAGGUCACAUCGGGCGAUUAUAACAUCAGAAAAACAGGAUCUUUUUGUCAGCCAAUGAUCGUGCAUCGAUACGAAAACGAAAAAGCGUUCAAAGAAAUCCUCUAUUUCGCUGUCUGUCUAGUUUGACGCAUCCUCGAGCGUCAAACGAGACAAUUUCCAAAAAAGAAGCAAGCUCGAAGAAAAGAUAUCUCUAUGUCUCUACCUUAAACAGUAAUCUUUUUUUUCUUCGAUGCUUAAGAAAAAGUAUGCACGACGAUUAAAAAAAAAACUUGUCACACUCAUGGCCUACGCUUCGAAUUUGCUUGCUUUUCGGUUGCAUUAAGUUGCCUUACAAAUAUUUACGUUUAAUCUUGCGAUUAAAUGAACGUAUGUCGUCGCUAGUCCGGCUAGCUGAUCCGCUAGUCCUCACUACGCCAACCCGUCCAUGUGCAACGCCUUUCUCGUGUUGUUCAAAGCGAAAAUGAGAAGAAAUAAAAAAGAAACAAAAAAUGAAAUCGAGAAGAGAAGAAAUUAAACGAAGCAGCAAGCGCUUUUACAUGAACAAUGGUGGACGAAGAAGAAUAAAGAAUAACGAGUAUUCGUCUCGGAUCCAGUUUCGACCAACACUAUGGCGAUAUAUACAUACAUAUAUAUAUAUAUAUUAUAAUAUAUUUGUAAAACGCGAGACACGAUCGAAAUGAAAGCAGAUUUUAACGAUGACUUCGCGAAACUCGCCGCUCGUCAAGUUCGUUUCUUAGCUUUAGGGGAUGAUUGUAAUAUCUAUCCUGCGCAAUGCAUCGCUUGAUAAUAGGUCAGCUACACUUCAAUCACCUUUUCGACGAUGAACUGCACACGUACACGCAUACACAGAUUCUAAAAAGAAAGAAAGAACAAAAAAAGAAAACGGAAAAUAGAAUUCUCGUUGCUGUACGAAGAAAUUUAAAGAGAGACUGAGAGGCGCGCUCUUGAUUCGCCUAGCAACGAGGAAUCGAUGUUUUUAUGAAUCGCAAUACAAUGUAAAUUUAACUUAUUUAAAAAAGAAUAUUUCCUAACAAUUUUUAAUUGUAUAUAUGAUAAUUUCUUAGCGUAACUUAUAUAAAUGUACUAUUAUACGAUUGUAAUAAUUGCAAGAUUAUAGCCGUGAAUAUUUUAUUUAUAUAGCGAGAAUCAUUGGACAAAAUGUUACACGCAUAAAUCUUAUGAUCAGUGGGAGGUGAAAUGUUAAAAGAGCAAAAUUAUUAUAGUUAUUUUAAAGAGAGAGGAAAAGAAAAAAGAAAAGGCAUAAUCGCUAUAGAAAAAAUGUGUUAUUUAAACUUCUACGACUCCGAAACACGUAUCGAUAAUUUAAAACAACGUUAGCUUUCAAUGUAUAACACAGUUUUCAAAAGCACAGAAAGGAAUCGUAUAGUAUGUAUUUAAAAAAAAAUGAACAAAAAUAUAUAUAUAUAUACAUAUAUAAAUAUACAUACUUUAAAUAAGGUACUCUAUUAAUGUAUAAUAAUAUUGAAAAAGAUAUAAUUAUGCAUCUGAAGUUUAUAAAUUAUUAUCUAUAAUGACUGUUAUUCUAUGUUUAAUAGACUUGCCUAGAGCCUAUCUGACCUAAGGACCAAAGGCACAAUCACACACGCAUCAAAAAUAAACUAUUAUGCUCCCAUGUA